AUGUCAUCAGAUGAAUCUGCAUGUAUCAUAUCAGCUCCGUAUCCAACAGGCACGAAGCGAAUCCCGAAAGCAUGCAGUUCAUGUAGGCUGUCAAAGGUAAAAUGUGAUGGAAAGAAGCCGUGUACAAGAUGCGACAAAUUAAAGAAGAGAUGCGUAUUCUUUGAAGCCCCUAAAGAUCCUGUCACAGCGAGGCUGGAGACGGUCGAAUCUGAAGUGCAGCAUCUCCGGGAGCAAUUUGAUGAGAUGCAUCAGCUUCUUCUUCGGCGCGACUCGCAACCUACCCCUACUUCGUUGACUAUUGUUGACCGAGAGCAGCAGAGUACAUCCACUUUCCAAGAUGUUUCAGACCCUCUGCUUCAGGCACCCGGACAGCCAGAGAUCGUCCAUGGAACGAAGAGGAAACGCUCUGAGGCUGAGAUACAGAUUUUGAAUGAACCGAUUUUGGAUUUCGUUUCGAAGGGGUUGAUUACUGUUGAGCGUGCCAUGUCGUGUUUCCGAACGUUCUUUAAUGGAUGUGAUCGGUAUAUCCCAGUCUUCAACCCGGAAUAUGAUACCUUUGUUUCAGUGCGCUCUCGAAGCACCAUUCUAUUCAACGCCAUCUGCACAAUAGGUUAUCGCGUUGAGACGAAACCCCAAUCACAAAUAUCAGACGUAUUACACGCAGAACUCAAGAAGUCAAGCAACCUCAUCAUCCAAAAUAAAGACCUAAACUGUCUCGAAUCCGUCCAGGGAAUACUCAUCGCCGCUUGCUACUCCGCCGAACGCUCUUUGCUCCUCUCAUUCGCAACCAGAAUGGCCCUGGAUUUGAAUUUGGACGGGGCUUUUGAGAAGCUUAUACAGCGUCUGGCGAUGAGGGAAACGGAUGCGUGUCACGAUCUCGAAGAAGAGCGUUCUCUGAUGCGGGAGUCUAGGACUUGGUUUGGACUUCUGGUUUUGGAGCAUAUAUUUCGCGUUGAUGGAGGGAAGCCACCUGGAAUUCGAUUCGGAGGAAGCGCGCGUCGAUGUAGGGUUCUGCUCGGUCGUCCUUCAUCAACUGUUUUGGAUUUACGUCUUUUUGCUCAGGUUGAGUUGAAUAUUCUGAGAGCAAACAUCAACGAUACUUUGGGCUCAAGAACUCUCGACAGGUUGGAUAUCACGAGCUUUGUACACGAGACCAAGAUAGACCUUGAUCUCUGGUUUGAUGACUGGCUACGCAUCAUCGAGAACUCUCCCGCCGCAACCGAAGAAAAGCCCUUCCUUCUAGCCGCCCUACGCGUACAGAAAUGCUGGGCCGAACUAACCCUCCAUUGCAAAGCCCUACAAUCCAUGGGCGUUGAAAAUGUCGCCGCAAUAUCCCCCACAGAACAAUCCAUCCUCUUAACAGCCAAAGCCGCCGCCAAAAAGCAUCUCGCACUCAUAACCACCGAGCCAGACCACUACCUUGCCCAACUGCGCUACGCGAUGGACUUUGUCUGGGCGAAGUGCGCAUUCUGCUUUCUCCUUCUGCUCAAGUUAUCACGGCUCCUUCCCGAACGGGAAGAAGAGCAUAGAGAAUUGCUGAGGCAGGGUGAAACGCUACUUGAGGAAUUGACAAAGGCUGGUUCGGGGAGUACUAUCUACCUGCAGAUUUUGAAGAUGAGUAUCGAGAAGUAUGGACGAACGUUGCAGGACAAUGGCCAGAUGGAUACGGAGACAGGUACUGAGGCCACAGGUCCAUUCUGGGAACUGUUCGAUGCGCAGACAGAUUUGCAGUCGUUUGUGCCGGAGCAAUUUGUGUCUGAGUGGGAGUUUCCGGGGCUGAAUUUGUUUUAUUUCCCGAUUGCGUGGCAGGAUUUCUUUGGGGAUUUUUCGUUGGCGAUUUAAUCCGAUUCUUUUUUUUUUUUUUUUUUUUUUUUUUUUUUUUUUUUUUUUUUU